AUGCCUACUUGCAUGAGCUGCGGCUCCUUCUACAGUCGCGACGGUACUGAUGAGGCAGCAAACUUUGGCGAACUUGACAGAGCAGUGUCAGGAUUUGAGGGAGCUCCCGCGUACCUGAACCUGGACUGGCCAUCUACGGUUGAGUUCUCGAGUCCCGACGAGGUACAAGACGUCAAUAUUAGAAACAUAUUAAAGCAGCUUGAGGACAUGCUUGAGGAACAGGGCAAUCACUAUCAGGAUCAGAGACCAAAAAGCACUGUUGAUAUCAAGUCCUCUGUCACCUACACUCGCGAAGAGCCGUCAUCGGAGAUUGAGGUCGGAAGGAACUUCGACCGAAGGGCAGCCCGACAGGGACAGGAAAGGGACCCAGACGACAGAAGCGCAGGGAAGAAGUCCCCAAUAUACGAUCCCCUGACAGGCGUUGACGAAGUACGGCUACUACGCUUGUCGGCCCAGAGAGCUACAGAUGAUCAGGUACUCCAUGGCUUCUUAGAGAGCACGAGCCUAUCUAUCCGCCCAGAAUAUACGGCUGUCUCCUACACGUGGGCAGAUGCCGAUGGCAACCGAGACCUGAACGAAGUGAUGUUUCUGGGGAGCCUUUGGUUGCCCCUUCCGAUUACGUCAAAUUGCGCAGCAGCUUUACGCCGGCUCCGAUCUGGGCAUCAUGUGCAGACGCUCUGGGUCGACUCUAUCUGCAUCAAUCAAUCAAAUCAAGACGAGAAAUCGCAUCAGGUUGGGCUGAUGCGUGAUAUUUUCUCUCGGGCUAACUCUGUGACGAUAUUUCUGGGACAAGUCAUUUGGGCUGCUGUUGACGACCACCUUGCUGUUCGGGCACUUUUCGACCGCCCAUAUUGGUCCCGUAUAUGGGUCAUUCAGGAGGUCCUCCUGUCAAAACGGGCCAUCGUUGUACUAGGCGAGGCCGCCAUUCCUCUCAAGUCACUCCUUGAGGCCCGUUUAGUUGAGCCUCGGAGAGAAUUCGGUGUACCGCCAUGGCUCCGGCUGGGAAAAGCCUUGCCAAUCGGAGAUUUCAAUGGCCUCUCGACAUUACUAACGGAAACAUCGAAUUGCCUCGCAACGGAUCCUAAGGAUAUGGUUUUCGCAUUGUUGGGUCUCAUUCAAGGUGCUCAUCUGGAAGGACUGGUAGCAGACUACUCCAAGUCUGUUUAUGAGAUACGUAUUGGCAUCGCAGCCUAUUUUCUCAUUCGACAUAGGCAGACCAAUAUCUUGAAAUCAGCCGCCCUCGAUGCUGGAAGCCGGAGACAUGACCGGUUACUGCCAGGCCUGCCCUCCUGGGUCCCCUCUUGGGACCAUUAUCCAUCUGACGAACCCAGCUUCGCAAAUACUGUCGGUGUGCAGUAUUGGUUUGAUUUGAAUACGGGUUCAAUGUCUACGAAUUGGAAUCGGAAGAUGACUUGGUACGACACUCUAGCACCUGAGGAGGCAAGCAACAAGACCUCUGAUUGCAGCUCAAGCAAAACGUACCCUUUUCGGGUGCUGAAGGGAACUGGCGCUCUACUAGUAGAAGCGUACCCUUUGCUCCACAUCGACUCAGCACCGUUUCGGGGCGCGUUCAAGUACCGUGAUGUUACGAGAAAGUCGAUUCUCAUUACUCCGACAGUAUCCCCUGUGCGAUGGGGAAUAUAUGCUACGCGGAAGUGGCUGGACAAGUCCUAUGUCUUCGGCCUGCCAGGCGACUGGAUCGUGGAGAUACCAGGAUGCGAUGACCUUUUCCUCUUGAGACAAAUAUCCUCACUGCCUGGAACCUAUCACAUAGUAUCAGUCUGCGGCCUAGCUAUCGUGGUGGCACAGGCUGACGGGCGGCUGCCGGAUAGUGAAGCACUACCUGUGCCAACGGACGGGUCUGCCCAUGUCCUGCCCAAGUAUAGGAAUGAUGAGCUUAUUUCACGUCUGGUUAUUUUCAAUCGGCACCAGCUUCAAUUUCUGGAGAAUUGGGAGCUUUUGACAGGGUACGGUACUGCACUUGGGCCGUUAUCAGAGACACCAGGCUCUGCCAGCCCGGAAUCAUCCGCUUCAUUGUCGUCUGAGGACAUGACACGAUAUAUUCAGUGGGCAGAUCGUAUUAGCAGCGACCCAUUGGUGGCGAUGCAACCAACAAGCUUGGAAGACACCCUCAAAAACGUUUCAACAUGUCUUGAUCGAUGGCAGGACUUGGACCUUUGGAAUAGGAUCGUCACAGAGCUAGAGGCGGUGUCCUGGCCCGGCCUACUUCAGGCUUUAGCUGACUUCAGGACCGGGAUUUGGUCCGACCAACCUGCGGAAGACCAGACACUCGGCGUUCUACACAGUUGGUCAUUCACGGCUUUGGCGUCUCUCAGAGUUAUGACAAUGAAGCUUAGGGAUCUACUUCUUGAGCUGACUAGUCGUGGUACUCUCCUGCAACCAGCCAGCAUGAUGGACACCUUUGGACCGCUAUUCGAAGCUAUCGACGAAGCAGACACAUCAACCAUACUGGAGGUUUUCAGGGCGAAUGAGGAUGAGAUUGAGAGACAUCUCAAAGAACUUGAGUCUCAUUUGGAGUUCAUGCGGGACUCACUGCCACAGUGCUGCAUGCUCAGGGAGAAAUUUGCCCAGCGUCAGGUCUUGAAACAAAUGUAUAGGAGAAGUGAGUUUCGAGAGUUUCUUGUAUACUGA